UGUUAUCAGUUAACACGAGGUCAUCCUGGAGUAGACCCAGAGAGACAGACUGAAGGAAUGUGGCAGAGAUGGGAGUGAUGCUGCCACAGCCAAGAGAUGUCUGAGAACCCUGGAAGCUAGAAGAGACAAGGAAGGACCCCCCCUUGAGCCUUCAGAAAGAGCACGGCCCUGCCGACACCCUGAAUUCAGACUUCGGCCUCCAAAACUGUGAGACAAUACGUUUUUGUUGUUGUAAGCCACCAGUUAGUGGAACUUUGUUAUGGCAGCUCUGGUUGACUAACACAGGGGCCCAUGUCCUGACCUAACCCCCUCUCACCUUCUCCACAGGUCCCAUGUCACUGCUUAUUGCCUUCGAUGGGCACCCUCCUGUCUGCUCGGGUCUGGGCCUUGUUCACAGCUCAAGGUCGGUGAUCUGUGGCCUGGGUCUCUGGCCCCUUGCCUCAGUCCUGCCCUCCUACCCCCUCCCAAGCUGUGUCCUGCGCCUCCUGAGAAAUCGGCCUGUCCAGAGGUGUGGUCUCUGGCAGGGUUAAUGAUUGCUUAGGGGAGGCGGGGAUGGUGCCAAAGUCUGCAAGUAGCACUGCCACUGUAGGGCCAGACGAGGCCCAUCCGUGCCUGCUGGCGUCUGUCCACCCCUCCAAGGCCCCUUCUGGGGCGCAGUUCCCUCCAGACGUGAUGGCGUGGCCGUGGCUGUCCUGCGUCCUGCUUCCUGCCCUGGUGGUGUCUGUGGCAGCCAACACGGCCCCAACUUUCCUGCCAAAUAUGACAGCAGUGACCCUGCCGGAGGACCUGCCAGUGGGGGCCCAGGUCUUCUGGCUGGUGGCUAAUGACCGGGAUGGAGACCCCCUGACCUAUGGAAUUAGUGGUUCCUAUGCCUACUUCUUUGAUGUCACCAAGGACACUGGAGAAGUGAGGCUGGCCAGCCCUCUGGACUACGAGACCAUCUUCUACUUUGCCAUCACCAUCUCUGUGAGCGACGACUUACCUGGACUUUCUCACCUACAGGUGCAGAAGGACAUGCAUGUGAUCGUGGAGGACAGAAAUGACAAUGCUCCUGUCUUCCAGAACACCAGCUUCUCCACCAGCAUCAAAGAGACCCUGCCGGUAGGCUCCGUGGUGACCACUGUGCUGGCCAGCGACAAAGACACGGGAUCUGGGGGCUUGGUUGUGUACUUCAUAGAGAAGGUCAUACCUGACACCGUGGACAACCAACAUCUCUUUUGGAUCCUGGCCAAUGGCUCCAUCGUGCUCAAUGGCAGCCUCAGCUACAACAACAAGAGUGCCUUCUAUCAGCUGGAGUUGAAGGCCUGUGUGAGUUGGGUGGCCACAGGUAGGAUCAAGGGGCAUAGAGAUCUAUGUUCCUGGGUCACAGAAGGUCCUCUCUCCCUUCAGGACUCAGGCGACAUAUACCAGGACAAAUUUACCAUCCAGUGCUCCCCCACUGUCUUUUUGUCCAUCUCGGUGAUCGACCAGCCUGACCUGGACCCCCAGUUUGUCAGAGAGUCUUACUUGGCCUCUGUGUCUGAGGGUGCACCCAAGGGAACCUCCGUGCUGAAGGUGGAGGCCAUGGACACAGACAAAGGCAUCAAUGACCCUGUGACCUACAGCAUCUCCAACUCCACAAGGCCGGGCUGGUUUGACAUUGAGGCAGACGGGGUCAUCGUGGUCAGCGGUUCCCUGGACCGUGAGCAGCUACUGGAGGAGGACGAGGAGGUUCAGGUGCAGGUCACGGCCACCGAGAUGCACCUCAACAUCUAUGAGAAAGAGGCCAAGGUGAGCAUAUGGGUCACACUGAGGGUGACAGACGUCAAUGACCACAAACCUGAGUUUUACAACUGCACCCUCCUGGCCUGCACCUUCACAUCCGAAGAGGCCCAAGUCAACUUCACUGGCUCCGUGGAUGAGCAUGCCUCAGCCCGCAUCCCCAUUGAUGACCUCACCCUGGUGGCCUACGACCCAGACAAGGGCAACAAUGGCACCUUCUUGCUCUCCCUGGAGGGUCCUGACGCUGAAGCCUUCAGUGUCUCCCCUGUGCGGGCCGCAGGCUCAGCUGAAGUGCAGGUACUGGUGAAGAUGCCAUCGCUGGUGGACUACGAGAGGCAGACCGUGAUGCUGGUGCAGGUGGUGGCCACUGACUCGGUCAGCAAGGACUCCUCAAUCGCCACAGUGACCAUCCAUGUCAGAGACAUCAAUGACCACCCGCCCACAUUCCCACAGAGCCUGUAUGUCCUUAUGGUGCCAGAGCACAGUCCCAAUGGCUUUGUGGUCACUGACAGCAUUCAUGCCACUGACCCUGACACGGGUGAGGGCGGCCACAUCACCUACAGCCUGCUCGCAGGGAACGGGGUGGAGCUCUUUGAGGUGAACCCAGACAGUGGGACAGUGACGGUGAGAGACAGCAAGCUGCUGGACCGCGAGACGCAGGCUACGUACAACCUUACACUGCAGGCCCUGGACGGUGGGAACCUGUCGGGUACCACCACAUUACAGAUCAUCCUGGAGGACAUCAAUGACAAUGCGCCUGUGGUCAGCGGCUCCUACAACAUCUUUGUCCAGGAGGAGCGGGAAAAUGUCUCCGUGACCAUUCAGGCCCACGACGACGAUGAGCCCAAUACCAACAACAGCCGCCUGUACUUCAGUCUGCUGCCUGGCCCCUACAGCCAAAACUUCUCUGUGGACCCUGACACAGGGCUCCUUGAAAACCUGGGGCCCCUGGACCGAGAGGCUAUCGACCCCACUCUGGCCGGCCGUAUUGUGCUGACUGUGCGGGUGGCUGAUGGUGGUGUUCCUGUCCUCAGCGCAGAGGUCAAUGUCACCAUCAAUGUAGAGGACAUCAAUGAUAACCUGCCCGUCUUCAAUCAGUCCAGCUACAACUUCUCAGUGAUGGAGAGGGAUCCGGGAGCCAUGGUGGGCGUGGUGGUGGCCUGGGAUGCGGACCAGACAGAAGCCAACAACCGCAUCAGCUUCAGCCUGUCGGGGAGUGGGUCCAACAACUUCAUGCUCCGAGGCUCACUGCUGGGGUCUGGGCAGGCUGUGGGCCACCUCCAGCUGCCCCUGGAUGUGAGCCUGGACUACGAGACACAGGCCUUCUUUGAUCUGGUAGUGAAUGCCGUGGACCCAGACCCCCAGGGUGAGGCCACGGCAACUGUCCGUGUGAACGUGAUAGAUGUGAAUGACGAACCACCCACCCUGGACCCAGCCUCGCUCCGGGGCAUCCGCGUGGCUGAGAAUGGUUCACAGUAUGGCCUGGUGGCUCAGGUCAUUGCCCAGGACAUAGAUACCAGUGCCCAGCUAGUGGUCCAGCUUAUGAACGUCAUCUGUACCAAGGCAGAAGUUGAUGUGGGCAGCCUGUGCCAUGGCUGGUUCUCCGUGGUGUCCAAUGGUUCUGUGUUCAUCAAUCAGAGUGAGGCCAUCGACUACGAGGCCUGUGACCUGGUCACUCUGGUCGUGCGGGCCUAUGACCUCAUGACAGAUCCUCGCUUCCAGGCCUACAGUGACAAUGGAAGCCUCCCCAUCACCAUCGAGGAUGUGAAUGACAAUGCACCCUAUUUUCUACCUGAGAAUAAGACUUUUGUGAUCAUUCCAGAACUUGUGGUACCCAACCAGCAGGUGGCUUCUGUCCAGGCCAGAGAUGAUGACUCAGGGAACAAUGGGGCCAUCCUGUUCUCCAUCCUUCAAGUGGACUUCCUCUCUAAGGAUGGGGUCACCACAUCUUUCCAGGGCUUCUUCCGGAUCUCCACAUCCUCAGAGGCUGAUGUGUUCACUGGCAACAUUGAGCUGGUGACAAACCUUGAUGCUAGUCUCCAAGGCACCUACCAAGUGACAGUCCAGGCCCAAGACAGACCUUCCGUGGGUGCUGCCCGGGAAGCCAAAACCACCCUGAACCUCUUCACUGUGGACCAGAGUUACCGUGUGAGGCUGCAGUUCUCCACCAAUAAGGAGGAGGUGGGCGCCAACCUGGAGGAGAUUAAGGCGGCUCUUGCCCAAGCAACCAGGACUACUGUCUACAUUGUGAGCAUUCAAGACAUAGACUCUACAGCUCGGGCCCGAGGUCGCUCUUACCUCGAUGCCUACUUCGUCUUCCCAAAUGGGUCUGCUCUGACCCUUAAUGAGCUGAGUGUGACAAUCCGGCAAGACCGGGACUCGCUGACACAGUUGCUACAACUGGGCCUGGUGGUGCUGGGUUCCCAGGAGAGCCUGGAGUCAGACCUGCCAAAGGUGCUCAUCAUCGUCACUGUGGUGCUGGCCGCUCUUUUGCUGCUGGUCCUCGUGGUCAUGACCACUGUCCUCAUGUGUGUCCGGAAGAGCUACAGCCGGAAGCUUUGGGCUAUGAAAGCUGCCAAGGAGGCCAGGAAGACAGCAGCAGGGGAGAUGCCCUUAGCCCCUGCCAUCCCCGGGACUAACAUAUACAACACUGAGCGAGCCAACCCUAUGCUGAACCUCCCCACUAAGGAUUUGGGCUUUGAGUCCCUCUCUUCCUCUAGCGAUAUAGACCACAUCAGCCUCAACUCCCUGGAUGACAACAUUGUGGACCUGGACCAGGAAAUCAAGGCAACACAGAAGAAGCCACUGCCCAAUGUGAUGGAGCCAGAUGCAGAACCCCUGAGCCUGGUGCUAUCGGGAAGGCAGCAGGGCGCCAGAGACCGGCAGGAAGCACUGUCAUUCACCAACAAUGGCCUGGACACCACAGAACUGUGA